GGCGCGGCUCUCCUCAGCAGCCGCUGGGCGCCCAUCCAUGGAUGGGGUACUUCGCCCCAUACGGGAGCCCCUUCCCACCUCCGCAGCAGCCGCGCGCGCCCUGGACCGCGCCCAACUCCGCCGGUGUCCUAGGGCCACGUCCUGGCCAGCACCAUCAGGUCUACAACGCCGGCGCGUCGAGCUCCUCCAACCCCGCCCCCUGGGACAACUACGCCGCCCUCCAUGCUGCCCUCAACAACAUCGCGCACCAGCAGCAGCACGGCUCCGGCGAGUGGUUCCUCGACACUGGAGCAACUUCCCACGUCACCGGUGAGACGGGACCUCAAAACCCGGCGCAUCCUAAUGACGUCCAGUGGCCAUGGAGACUUAUAUCCGUUCUUCAGCUCCAGCGCAGUCCAGCAGAUCCUCUCCGUCGAUGGCAGCUUGUGGCAUCAACGCCUUGGGCAUCUUAGCAGUAGUUCCCUUUCAGUCUUAGCUAAAACUUUUCUUCAAUCACCAUGUAAUAGAGAUAGUUUGAAUUCCCAUAUUUGUGAGUCCUGCCAAUUAGGCAAGCAAUCAAGAUUACCUUUUUCAUCC